UCUGUAUACAUACAUAUCUAUUAUAUACAUAAAAUAUCUAUUAUCAAUGAUUUCUGGGUUUGGGGAGAUGACUUUUACUUUACUCUUGUUAGUUUUCCUCCCUAUUAUAUCUUUCUACUUUAUGAAUUUCUAAGAUUAGGACAUAUGAAGUUAAAUUAAGCUCAUUAAAAUAGUUUAAGUUAAAUUCAAUUGUUCUUAUGCCUUCUUUUAAUGUAGAUAGCUUUUUUUUUUUUUGGCCAGUACUGGAGGUUAAACCUAGGAUCUCAUGCGUGCUAACCAAGCUCUCUGCCACUGAGCUACACCCCCAGCCCUGUAGAUAGCUUUUGAUAAAAAGUUGGAAAAUCAUUUGAAGUGAUGGAACAUUGUCUCUUUGUUCUAGCUUCUUUGUGUGGAUGGUGGCAAGGCUCUAUAAAAAGGAAUAUUUAGUGAACUGCAUAUGCAUGAGUGACUUUGAAUUCUUAUUUCCAGUUUCCAGUCUCUUUUAACAUAUGUUGUAAACAACCAAGACCUAAGAAUCCUCAUCUAAGUUAUGAGCCAAAACAAAUGAUCAGGUUACAUCAGUUUGGCUUAUACUACCUUGGAAACCACUAGACUCCAUUUUCCUGAGCUUACAGAACUAAUUCGUUCUUCAAGAAAUAAUGAAAUUGAUUCAUGCUUAUUAAAAUUAAAUGAGUAACCAACUAGAUCUCUUCUAAAUCUUCACAUCUGUAGCAAGAGCCCUUGGCAACCUCUCAUCUACUUUCUAUGUCUAUGAAUGUCUAUUGUGGACAGUUGAUACACCUGGAAUAGCACAGAACACGCCGAAUCAGCCGGCUGCACACAGGAAGGUCUGUGCACGCCCUACCGAGGUCCUGAGUCACGCGGAAGACACCGAAUCACCCCGCUGCAGACAGGCAACCACCUGGUUCCACACUACAAAGACGCAGAGGACACCAGACCACCAGACCAAGAAUCUUGCCUUCUUGUGAGACUGUCAUGAGUUGGAUGCUUCUCAGAGACCUCCUAAGUGGAGCAAAUAAAUAUUCAACUGGGAUUGGGCGUAUCUGGCUGGUCAUUGUAUUCAUCUUCCGUUUGCUGGUCUACAUAGUGGCAGCAGAACAUGUGUGGAAGGAUGAACAGAAAGAGUUUGAGUGCAACAUUAGACAGCCUGGUUGUGAAAAUGUGUGUUUUGAUUACUUCUUCCCCAUUUCCCAGGUCAGACUUUGGUCCUUACACCUGAUCAUGGUCUCCACACCUUCUCUCUUGGUGGUUCUUCAUGUGGCCUAUUGUGAGGGUAGAGAGAAAAGGCACAGAAAGAAGCUCUAUGUCAGCCCAGGCACCAUGGAUGGGGGCCUGUGGUACACCUAUCUGAUCAGCCUCAUUGUUAAAAAUGGUUUUGAAAUUGGCUUCCUUCUCUUAUUUUAUAAACUGUAUGAUGGGUUUAAUGUUCCCUAUCUUAUGAAGUGUGAUUUGAAGCCUUGUCCCAACACUGUUGAUUGCUUCAUCUCCAAACCCACGGAGAAAACCAUUUUCACCUUUUUCUUGGUCAUUACCUCAUGUUUGUGCAUUGUGUUGAAUUUCACUGAACUAAGCCUUUUGGUUCUCAGGUGUUUUAUUAAGUGCUGUCUCCAGGAAUAUUCUAAAACAUUCGAGUCCUCAGGGUGUGAGUGCCACCACCUCAAGUAUGUUGAAUGUGGUGAGAUAGGGGCUCCUCGAUUACUCCAGAGUCAUUGCUCAAGCUUUGACAUAAGUAUACCCCAGAAACCUGAAGCAAAGCUACUCUGCAACUCACAAGAGGAUUAAAUUAAAAAAAAAUGUCCCUCCUUAGCAAGAGCUAAACAGGAUUUAAAAAACGAUUCAAAAAACAAGUUGUUUUUUGAUUAAUUGCAAAUUAAACAAUUAACAGUAUUCUUUCAAGAGUUUAGAUUUGUCAGAAAAGAAAUUAUCAGUUUUCUAUUUUUUUUUGUAACUAACUCAUUACAAUUCAUGCCAGUGAACUCAAUAAUAUUAAAAAGUGACCCUUCUGACAAAUAUGGUGGCCUCCAAAUUGCCAUGGAGGCUGUAGUAAUCUUUCCAAAGUGGCAGCCAAGGCUCUUUGCAUGCAGUCCUACUCAAUCUUUGUAGAGAAAGACUAUGAUAUAGCAGCUAUCUAGGGGCACACAGGACACAUACAGUGAGAAAGCCCAGCUUUUAGAAAAGACUCAGAGCCUAGGACUCUGCAGUUUAGGUAUUAUAUUUAUGGACUCAGGCAGAGGGAGGAAAGCCAUCAUUUAAGUAGUCUCCAAGUUAAAUGCAAAUACUACUGGGAAAUAUCAUACUUAAGCCUGAACCAGCAGGAAUCAUGAAGGAAGGGACGUCCUACAAAGAGUAGCACAUUGAUAUCGGAGGAGGCCAUAGAAAAAGAAUGUGUCCACUUGAUAGUCACUUAGCACUUUUCUUUAAUCAUAAAACAUUAAAAUGCUUUGUAAAUUUUCAUAUUGCUUGACCUUUUUAUAAUCAGGAAUUCACCAUGUACUAUAACACAACUCAAUUAAAUUGCCUACAAUUCAAUAGUACCUCUCUCUCUCUCACAGAAAAUGUGUAUUAUGCUGUUACAGCGAAGCAAAUAAUUUUUUAAAAGUUUACUAUCACCUGUUUUGAAAACUAGAACUUUCUUUUAUUUUUCUAUUAAAAAAACCCCUCAUAGUGUCUCUUUGGACUAAAUAUUCCAACAUGUAAGUGUUUCUCCAGAAUAAAAUGUUAUUUUGUGCUGCUAUUUGGUUUUCGUUGAUAUCUUUACUUGGCUGCACUGAGUAUAAUUAUUUGGUGAAAUGAAACUUGUUCUGAUAAUUUUAAAACAAGAUUUGCAACACUGCUUGGUAAAGAUAAUUAGAAAUCAUUCCCCCCGGGAAUUUCUUAACAGAAAGUCAGUAUAAAAUAUAAUUUUAUCAAAAAAAGUAAUUUCAACUAAAAUAGAUUAUUCAUGUCUUCCAUGCCCCGCCCUUAGAAUAAAAUGUCUCAUUACAAUUCAUGUACAAUGAGUUAUUUGGGUCACUAUGUUGUCUACAGCCCAUGUCACCAAUAGUAGUCUUAAUCUCUGUCUUAAAGACUGUCCUGGACCACAGAGUGAAAGGUAAACUUUCUGGUUUCCCUCUUUCUUCAGUUUCAGUGAUUUAUACCACAAAUCACUGUUUUUAAUGCAAUGACAAGAGCUUUCAACAUCUAGCUUUCACAAAUCCAGUUAACUGGAAUUAAAAAAAAACCAAAAACACUGAUAGGUGGCUAAAGAGGUUAAAGGUUUUUUUCGGGGUUUUUUUGUUUUGUUUUGUUUUGUUUUGUUUUGAGGUUAAAGGUUUUUGAGACCUGGACCUAGUGUGGAAACUAGAAAACAUGGUUUCAGAUUCAGAACUGGAAUGGAGACAAGGGACUUUUUAAAUCUGAGGAUGUCUGCUGCCAAAAAUGUCUUUGGGAGUUCAGCCUUUUUUCAUCACUUUCUACAAGCUGUGCCCCAGCUAACAAGGUCAAUGGCUUAGCAUGUACAUUCUUUGCUUUUUCUACUCUAUAAAGAGAAGAAACUGAAAGGUAAUGAGAAUAAGGGCAAUGGAAAUGACAAUGUUUAAAUAGGAAGGUGAGUCAUUUCCACUCAGCUUCUUGGUAGUACCUUAACUUACCAAAUGAGCUUCCUGUAAGAACAUUCUGAAGGCUGUCUCAUUGUCAGUAAACACCCAUAUAUUUGAUUAAGAUAAAUUAUGCCAUGUUUAUUAUCAAUAAAUUAGCAUUUAUUAAGCACCACGGAGCAUGACACUGUGCUACGCACUUUAUGAGAUAUAAUACUUAAUUCUUUAAUCAAGAAAAUAUCCACUUCCACUAAAAAGCACAGAGGUGCAGAUAGGGUGAAGUAAGUCUCUUGACUGCUUAGCACUUGCCUCCUCAAUCUUUCUGACCUUACCUCUGACCACAGGAUUUCUUCUAAUUGGACUUAGUGGGAAAAUGUUUUCCAGUGUUUGUACAAAAAAAAUGACCAUAGCUGUAAGUGGUAUGGUUCCAGUUUUCCUGAGGAAAUGAAGCCAGUGCAGAAAGACAAUGAAGUUAAGAGAGAAGGGAGGGAAAAGGCAAAGACCUAGCAUAUUUGAAUUCUUCAAUUCUGUUGAUCCCAAGCCUGCCUCCAUUCCUACCCUUAUCUGAAAGAUCGA